CUCUCUGCCGAUGCCCAGGUGCUGAGAGACAGCGUCCCCCAGCCUCUGUGCCCACAAUGGCCUGCACCAAGACCCUACAGCAGCCCCAGCCCAUCUCCGCAGGAGCCACCACAACAACCACCGCUGUUGGCCCCACUGUGGAUCAUAAUGGCUCCAUAGAAUGUGACCUGGAGUGUCUGGUGUGUCGGGAGCCCUACAGCUGUGCUCGGUCCCCCAAGCUGCUGGCCUGCCAGCAUGCCUUCUGCGCCAUCUGCCUGAAGCUCCUGCUGUGUGUGCAGGACAACACCUGGUCCAUCACCUGCCCGCUGUGCCGCAAGGUUACCGCCAUCCCUGGGGGCCUCAUCUGCAGCCUGCGCGACCACGAGGCGGUGGUGGGGCGGCUGGCCCAGCCAUGCACAGAGGUACCGCUCUGUCCUCAGGAGCUGACGGAUCCUGCCACCUUGGCAGCAGGGCACCCCAGCUUGGUGGGAGAGGAUGAGCAGGAUGAACUAAGUGCCAACCACGUGGCAGCUCGGCGCCUGGCCGCACACCUACUCCUGCUGGCUUUGCUCAUCAUCCUCAUCGGGCCCUUCGUCUACCCUGGUGUCUUACGGUGGGUGCUCACCUUCAUCAUUGCCCUGGCCCUGCUGAUGUCCACCCUCUUCUGCUGUCUCCCCAGCACCCGGGGCAGCUGCCAGCCCUCCUCCAGGACUCUCUUCUGCAGAGAGCAGAAACACAGCCACAUCUCUUCCAUUGCCUGAGCCCCCUCUGAUGAGGCUGCCCCUGCAGCCCUUUCUGCUCUUGGGCCGCCUGACUUCCACAAUGAACAGGGCUCCAGAACGGUGUGAGACCAGACAUUUCAGUUAAGCAGUCAGUGGCACCUUAGGAAGCCAAUACAGCACCUCUUCUGUGCCUGUGCUUGCACAGUGCCCAUCAAACCGGGCUACUUCGAAUUCAGCUAAGUCACUUUCCCAGAGUUUAUAGCAGGUAAGUAGCAGUGUCAGCCUCAAAAUCAAGUCUGGUUGACUCCCAAAACUAGGUCAUACUUCCUUUUCCCAUUUUGUGGAUGAAAAAAAUCAAUGCUCAGAGAAGCCCUGUGAUUACCCCCAAAAAUGCCCAAUACCUUGUAGAAGGAAUAAGAAUCAGAGCCCAAAGUUCCUGAAUGAUCCUUAGUCCAUACCUCCGCCUGGAUGUGCAGUCAGGCAGGAAGCCUAUUGCUGAAUUAUGGCUGGGCACAGAGGCUCACACCUGUAAUCCCAGCACUUUGGGAGGCCAAGGCAGAUGGAGAGUGAGGUCAAGAGAUCAAGACCAUCCUGGCCAACAUGGUGAAAACCUGUCUCUACUAAAAAUACAAAAGUUAGCUGGGCAAGGUGGCACAUGCCUGUAGUCCCAGCUAUUCGGGAGGCUGAGGCAGGAGAAUUUCUUGAACUCGGGAGGUGGAGGUUGCAGUGAGUGAGGUCCUAGAAUUUUACCCGACUGUUUGACUCCAGGGCUACUUCUGCACUUUCCACUCUCCACGGUUUCUCUCAGCAGCCUAUCUGCAGUGAGAAGCAGGCCAGCCUCUCUUUCAGGACACUGAGGUACCCACUGUAAGAGCCUGUUUGCUCAAGGAAGACAGGACUACAGUGGACAUUUGUCUUCUCUUCUUUCCUUCAACUCUUGAAUUGAUUCAGCCACCCCUGAUUUCUCUUUCUAAGGAAACCACCCUGUGCUUAAUCUUGUUGAAGGGAGAGUUCCACCAGCAACUACUACACAAAGUGGGGCCCUGAUCCUCCUGCAACUCACCACCCUGUUUCACCUGCGGUCGUGACAUGAUCUAAAUCAGCAGUCCCCAACCUUUUUGGCACCAGGAUCCAGUUUCAUGGAAGACAGUUUUUCCAUGGACAGAGGGAAGUGGGGGCAGGAUGGGGAGUUGGUUUAGGGAUGAUUCAAGCAUAUUACAUUUAUUGUACACUUUAUUUCUAUUAUUAUUACAUUAUAGUAUAUAAUGAAAUAAUUUUACAACUCACCAUCAUGUAGAAUCAGUGGGAGCCUUAAGCUUGUUUUCCUGCAACCAGAAGGUCCCAUCUGGGGG